AUGAAUUUAUAAUUUAAAUUCGUUUUUAAUAAUAAUAAAAAAAGGAAAAUACUAUUAUUAGUUCUAAUUAGUUUGGUAGUAUUCAAAUAGAAUAAUAGGCAUUAUGCAAAUUAGGAACAGAUCCAAAGAUUUUCUUAACAGAAAUUGAUGAUCAUCAUAUGGGCAAAACAUUUUUGAAAGCUAUCCAAAUCAGUCUUGCCACUGGUUCACCUGUACAUAAAAUUCAUUGUAAAACUAUUAUUUAUAAUAUUUUAAAUCAUUUAAUAUUUAAAUUUAAUUGUUAAUCCUAAUAAUUACAAGGCAUAACUUUAGAUUCAUGUUAGAAUAAGAAUAAAAAGAUUCAGAUCUAUUUAUUUAAAAUACAUAAGCUUCUUGUAAUAGAUUAUUGCAUGACUUUUUCUACAAACUUAGCCUAUCAUCAAAGUUAAUUGAAGGCACAUUAAAAAAUAGUUUCAGUAGAAAUUGAAGAAAAUACAAAGAAAACAAAUGCAGGACAGAGUGAAAGAGAUUUAUAAUAUGCAGAAUUCUAAUUAAAAAUUAAGGAUCAUACUGAAGCUAUUUCAGCAAUUGAUGAAGCUAAUGCAGUUAUUGAACAUUUAUCUGGAGGUUCUUCAUUUAUUCAAGUUAAAGGAAGAUUCAAUAAAGUUUUAUAGAGAUUACAAAGGUAUUUUUAUUUAGAUGGUUGAUAGUCAAUCUACAGGUUUAUUAUUUUAACCAAUCUUAACAAUGUUGAUUCAAUUGUCUUCAAAAUUAGAUACAGAUACUGAUAAGAAAGUGCUUUAAUUGUUGGCUAAUUUGAGAGUUUAAAUAGUUGAUAGUAAAGGAAAUGAUGAAACUAUUGAAAAACAAUAAAGUUUGAAAUGUUAAUAAUUUUUGGCAGACUUAACAAAUGAGAAAAACACUUUGUAAUAUCUUUAUUUUUUAAUAUAAUUAGAUCAGAUCAAAGAUAGAAUUUAGAAUAAGCAAUUCUUAAUUAUCAAAGUAUAAUUGAAGAGUCUGAAGGGAAAGUGGAAUAUCAUGCUGUUGAAGUAGAGAGAAAUUAGGUAAAAGAAGAUUUAAACAAUAGAAUAAUUUAGAAGGUUAAGAUUAAUGGUGUAGAUAAUAAUAAGAUAUUUAUUAUAUGGAAACUUAAUCAAGAGUUUAGACUUAAGAUUUAAUAUCAAGAAUAUCAGGUCAUAUUUAAGAUAUAAUUGUUACACUUAAAGAAUAUUUAAGAGAGAGACUUCAAUAAAAUUGA